AUGGAUACUGAAAAGGUGGAAACGGUGAAUGAUGUGGACUUGGUUGAGUACCAAGAGAAGGAGUUCUUGGCUGCCGAGCCAGACUUGACCGCAGAAGAGAAGAAGCUAGAGAAACGUCUGGUUCUCAAAGCUGACAUCUUGAUUGUGGGAAUGACUGCCUUGGUAUUCCUUGUCAAUCAAUGGGAUCGAGGAAACAUCGGAAACGCCCGUGUUAUGGGAUUACAAAAAGACCUCAAUAUCAGCAACGCCCAAUUUUAUGACGCCGUGUCUCUAUACUAUGUGGGCUAUGUCUUGUGUAUCAUUCCAGCCAAUUUGUCUAUCCGUUUCUUCAAGGCCCAUAGACAGAUUGGCGGAUGUGUCAUUAUAUUUGCAACACUGUCAUGCUGCAUGGCAGCCGCGAAGAAUGCCGCCGCGAUUCUCGCACUUCGGAUUCUGUUUGGCUUUGCAUCUACUUUUCUUCAGGCUCUUACUCUGUAUACGAGUUUGUGGUACAAGCGGAAUGAGUUGGCCAUUCGAAGUGGUGUUUUCUAUUCCGCAGCCACGAUUGCCGGUGGCUUUAGCGGCCUCAUGGCCUAUGCUAUUCAGAAAAAUCUAGACGGUGCUUUGGGCCAUGCAGCAUGGCAAUGGUUGUUCAUCAUCCAGGGAUGUGCUGGCAUCUUUGUUGGAAUUUCUUCCUGGCUCUUGCUUCCUCCCCCUCCCGAUCAGAUCAAGGACUUGAAGCACUGGAUUUUCUCGAAAGCUGAACUUGAAGUAGCUAUCAAGCGACUUAAGACCUACAACAAGGCCGGUGCUGGUUUCGACAAGCGUCAAAUGCUCGUUGCAUUCAAGGAUCCCAAGCUAUAUUGCUGUUCGUUUAUGAAUGCUGGCGUCGCUCUAGGCUUAGCCUCUAUCAGUGCCUUUCUGCCAAGUUUUAUCCAACAGUUCGAUUUUUCGCCUACCCGAACUCAGCUCUUCUCGAUCAUCCCAUAUGCGUGCGCCUUUGUUACUCUUCUCGUCGUCAAUAUUGCGUCCGAUCGUACAAAUAUCAAGGGACCAUUUAUGAUGCUCUGCUUUAGUUUUUCGAUUGCUGGCUAUAUUAUUCUGAUGGUUGUAAACAACGUCAAAGUCAAGAUCUUUGGGACCUGUCUAAUAACCAUGGGCAUUUUCCCGUGCGUCACUCUUCUAGGCGCAUGGACGAGCAUCAAUGUGGGUGGCUUCACCAAGCGUGCCAUGACAUGGGGAGUCGCAGAAGUUGUCGGCCAGUGUUUUGCCAUUAUGGCUUCUCACAUCUACACUGACCCUCCGCGGUACUUGAAGGGUCAUUCAAUCUGCCUAGCUUUCCAGAUCUUGGGAUUUUUUUCUGCACUUUUCAUGUGGUUCCACAUGCGGCACCUCAACGGCAAAAAAGAAGAAGAGGCCGCCAACCACCAAGCAGCUGGCACCGUUCACCCAAUGAGCCACCAGUCCCUUGAAGAGGCUUACGACUAUCACCCUGAUUUCCGAUAUAUUUUGUAA